CAUUUGUCAAACGUCAGGUUUAGGUGUGGUAAAUAGUUUUUCACGAUAAAAGCCCGGAUGAUUCACUUGAAAAAUAAAGAAAAAUUUAUGGUAGUUUAGUUAAAUGUUAAUACAGAAAUUAGUACAAAAUGGAUAGCGAAGGUAGAAAAGUUAUUGUGUGCGAUAAUGGCACUGGGUUUGUCAAAUGCGGCUAUGCUGGAUCUAACUUCCCUGCUCAUAUAUUUCCCUCAAUGGUUGGCAGACCCAUAAUCCGGGCAGUAAACAAAAUUGGCGAUAUUGAAGUUAAGGAUCUUAUGGUUGGCGAUGAAGCCUCUGCCCUAAGAUCACUAUUAGAAGUGAACUACCCAAUGGAAAAUGGUGUGGUGAGAAAUUGGGAAGACAUGUGCCAUGUCUGGGAUUAUACUUUUGGUCCUCAAAAGAUGAAUUUGGAUCCAAAAAAUACCAAAAUCCUUUUGACUGAACCGCCAAUGAAUCCGACCAAAAACAGGGAAAAAAUGAUUGAGGUUAUGUUUGAAAAGUAUGGUUUUGCUGGGGCAUAUGUUGCAAUACAAGCUGUAUUAACUCUUUAUGCUCAAGGUCUCCUCUCAGGGGUAGUAGUGGACUCUGGAGAUGGUGUCACACAUAUUUGCCCAGUCUAUGAAGAAUAUGCACUGCCCCAUUUAACCAGAAGGCUCGACAUUGCCGGACGGGAUAUAACCAGAUACCUUAUUAAGUUGUUAUUGCUUAGAGGUUAUGCAUUUAAUCAUUCUGCUGACUUUGAAACAGUCAGAAUAAUGAAAGAAAAGCUGUGUUACAUAGGUUAUGACAUUGAAACUGAACAAAGACUUGCCUUAGAAACUACCGUGCUAGUGGAGCCUUAUACUCUCCCUGAUGGGAGGGUCAUUAAGGUCGGAGGUGAAAGGUUUGAGGCUCCAGAGGCCCUCUUUCAGCCCCACCUGAUCAAUGUUGAAGGGCAAGGGAUUGCUGAACUGAUAUUUAAUACUAUUCAAGCAGCAGAUAUUGAUAUGCGGCCAGAACUGUACAAGCACAUAGUGCUAUCCGGCGGUUCGACGAUGUAUCCGGGGCUUCCCUCACGUCUGGAACGUGAAAUUAAACAAUUAUACCUAGAGCGGGUGCUAAAAAACGACACCGAUAAACUGCAAAAGUUUAAAAUCCGCAUCGAAGACCCGCCGAGGCGGAAAGACAUGGUGUUCAUCGGCGGAGCGGUCCUAGCGGAAGUGAUGAAAGAUCGAACGGAGUUUUGGCUCUGGAGGAGCGAAUACGAGGAGCAAGGGGUGAAGAUUUUGAAGAAACUGGGCAACAGGGCCGGCUAGAUUGUGUAGUAAACGUGAUUAUUUUAUCCUUUGAUUUUUUUUUGCAUUUUUGUUUUUAAAUGAUAACGACGACUGUUUUUUUUCUGUUUGUUUAAGAAUAUAUGAGAGAAGUUUGGUCGGUAUUUAAGUGGGUGGAUGUAAUUGUAAAAUCGGAAGAGGUCUUUAAAAAAAAAUGUAUAUUACUGCGAGAGUUGCGGUUAGGUUUUUACUGCCGAGUGGGAGUCAUAUUAAAAUGAAAAUUAGCGUGAAUAUACAGUAAAGCAGAUGGGGGAUUAUUUCGAGGCAAUUCAUCAUAAUCAAAUUCAUUUUAUGCUUUAAAAAAGGUUGUUUAAUAACUAUGUCAAAAGGAUCUAUGAAAACUUUUGUUUAUUGUUAAUUACUUCUGACAUCAUUAUUAGAAUUAAUUUUCCUUUUAUGGCUGCAGCUGGAAACUGGUAUUAGGAGACAUAAGAAGCAAUUUAAUUUUCUUUAGUGGAACUUUAGGUAAAAAAUUAUGAAUUGAAAGCAACAUUUUCCGGUAGCUUUUCAGGAAACUAUUUGCUUAUCAUCUACGCUUUAGUGUUUGAUUUGUAUUCGACUGGAAAUGUUUUUUUUGCAAAGAAAGAUUGGACUUUUCGAGUUUAUAAAUAUUAAGCAGUUUUCUAUUAUUCAUUUCUAACUUUAGAGAUUUUUCUGCUUUUAAAUGUAAAUUAUAGAAUAUGUAAAUUUGGUUUUUCCAAAAGAACGGGGUCACUACAUUUUCUUAUAUUUUUUGGGUAAACCAUUCUUCCCGGAUUAAUUGUCUCAACCUUUUCAACACUUCCCAAUGAAGUUUACCAUAUGAAGCUAAAGUAUGUUUGUCUUUUUCUAAGUCUCAGAAAAAUGGGAAAAGAGAAAAUUAAAAAUUAAGAUCAUAAAAUAACAGAAUGUGUUUUUAACUAACAAAAUAAAAUAUAACGCUAAAACACCUGUGUGCGUUAAAUAGCUACGUUUACAACCCGCGGAUCUAUUAGGUCCAUGGAUCAAAUGCUGGACUAUUUUUUUUUAGUGCAGCCCUGUUUUCAAGGAUUCAUUUUGAGGGUUAAAUUAGUGCAGGAUUAUCUCUAGGAUCAAAAUUUCAGUUGAAGGGAGAUCAGUUUCGAGGAAGAAUUAUAGAACAUAACCUCUAAUCUUUAAAAGUGUUAUUGUUGUAUAAAAUAACAAAAAUAAACCAUUUUUUUUUUCAAGACUGAAGCUUGUCCUCUUCCUCUUCUUGUUUAUUUUUGGGUAC